AUGACGUCCGCGUUGGCAAGCCAGCUGCAGGUCGUGGCGGCAUCUCGCCCGCAGGAGGAGCGGCUGAGGGGCAAGGCGUCGCUACUGUACGACAUCAGGGAGGCUGCGGACAUCGACCUGCAGACCAUCUACGCCGUCGGCCUUCAAGGGUUCAACGAGCUCACCAGGCUCGAUGGCCGGUUCGAGCAGUACAGCAAGUCGCUGUUCAGUCGCGCCGGGAGCGAGCAGAACCGCGAGCUGAUGGACAGGGAGGCGAACGCAAAGCUCGACCAACAGAUUGAGGGGUACCUGCGUCUGCUGAGCGGCUACUACCUCAACCCGGCGGCGACGAAGACGCUCGAGUAUCUCAUCAGGCGGUACAAGAUCCACGUGCACAACGUCGACGCGGCGGUGACGUGCGCGCUGCCCUACCACAGCACCCCCGAGUUCGUCAAGCUCGUGCAGCUGUGCGUCCUGGAGAAUACCUCCUUCUACUGGCUCAAGGGGGUGAAGGAGACGGGCGCUGCGCCGCCCAGGGAUCGACUCGUGCAGCGAUCCCUGAGGGACAUGGCGUUCUUCUCGUUCGUGGCGGACACCGCGGCGACCGCGGCUUCGCAGAAGGGUGUCCCCGGUUCCGCGUCGUCUUUCUACGCCGUGCUGCUCACCGAAACUAUCGCAGAGAUGAAGAAGGUUGAGUCAUCGGUUGUCCCUCGGCUGCUCCCUUACCUGGAGGCUGGCCUCGCGCCCGCCGCCAGCGCGGAGCAAUACGCGGGCGCUCUGAUGGUCGGGGUUCAGCUCAGCAUCAGCGCGAGCCUCGCGCUUCCCCUGACGGAGGCUCUGCUGGAGGGCGUCGCGAAGGGCGCGAGGGCGCCGCUUCACGCGCAGGCGCUUCAGGCGCUCCUCGCCAUCUGCGGUUCGCAGCGGAUCCGUGACCUGCCUUCCCGGGCGUUCAAGCACUUGGUAAAGAUGCCCGACCUCCCCUCGCGGGUGGCGGACAUGUGCGAAAAGUACGAAGCGGAAUCGCUGGUCGUUCCCCUCGUCAGAGCUCUCGCGCAGUCCGCGACGCAACACGCCAACUACGAGCGCGUUCUCGGCGGCGUCGUCAACGAGGUGAAGCUGUCCGACCUCGCCGUCAGGGCGCUCGUCCAGGAACUCGUCACCCUCGGGUCGGGUUCCGGCGUGGACUCCGCGGCGGCGACUCCCGCGGGCGCGGAGCACGGGCGCGAGGUGGCGGCGAGGUCGAUCCGUAUGGUGGACGUGAAGCAUCCCGCGGCGUGUUCCGCCGCCGUGGACCACGUCCUCGGCGAGGCGUCCAGGCGGGGCGCGACGAAGGAGGGCGAGGGCAACGAGGAGGGCAAGGCUGCGGCUGAUUUUUUGAGGGAGGCGCUCGCCGGGUCCGCCGCGGGUCCGCUUCCCGGGCACGCGGCGUCCCUCGGAGCCGCGCUGGAUCACCCCCAGGCUGGUUUGCGAGAGGCGGCGCUUCGGGAACUUCGCAACAGCGGCGCCGCUUCAAAGGUCAUGUCGGGCGGAGCGAGAAAAUCGUCGAACGCGCCCCCAGCCCCGGGGAUCAUCUCCGGCGCCCUCCUCAGGAGGGUCACGGACGACGUCCCCAGGAUCGCGUCGCUCGCCGCGGCGCUUCCGGGGCUACGAGUCGCCGUGGGAGACGACGAGGCUCUCUUCGCCGCUGCGGUUGAACGCUUGCGGGUCGCUUCGGCGCAUUUCGUGGGGAAAAACGAGACGGCCGAGCUGGAGCGCGGCGUGGCCAAGAGGCUGGUGAAGCUCGCGUGCGGCACCCUCGCGUUACCGUUCCCCAGGGCGAAGGAUGGCCAAGGCGUCGAGGUUGACCGGGAGGAGUCCGAUUCCGAGGCUGAGGAGUCGGACUCGGAGGCGGAUCCCGUCGACAAACCGCCCGUCGAAGAUAAUCGCGGCGCGCUCGGCAACCUCGCCGGACGCGCCGCGGGGCUCGCGCUCGGUCACGCGGUCUUUUCCCCGGCGACACGCGCGGUGGCGCGGGCGACGAUCGCGGCGGCGAAGCGUAACCUCCACCCGUCGCUCGCCGAGCUCAGGACGGAUGCCUUUGACGCGGCUCUCGCCAAAGCGCAAGACGCCGCGGGCGCCGCGUCGCCCGAGCCCGCCAAGGGCAAGAAGGGCAAAAAGGCGUCGACCGAAACGACAAAGGCCGAGGACACCGCCGCGCUCAAGGAGGCCCGCGCGAGGAGCGACGCCGCGGCGAACGCGGUUGUCAUUGGCGCCGUCGCUAAGGGUAUCGCCGCGGGCGUCGACGCUUGGGGGGGCGAGGGUGAGCUCACGCUCUGGGCGCUCGAGGCGUGGCGGGACGGAUCACCCGGGGCGAGGGCGAACCUGCUGCUGGCGAUGCGAGAGGCUGUGGCGAUGGACGCGGACGGGAGCGUUCGGCAGGCGCUCUGGGCGGUUCUCAGGGACAGCUGGACAGAGGGCGGCGCCGCUGAUUUUUCGGAGGGCGCCGCGGAGGAAAACCUGGACGAACCUCUCACGGCGGAGGUUGCCCGCGCGAUUGCCCGCAACAACCCGCGCGUGACCCCGCCGAUCGCCCGCGCGGCGCUGCACCGACUGAUGCAAACGAUCAACGGCAAGAGGACCGGAAAGAAGACGGUUGGCGUGCCCUCUUCUGGCGCCUCAGCCGGCGUCAUCGACGAGGCUUUCUCCAGGAUGUCAAUCGCCGACGGCGCCGCGGGCAAAGGCCGAUUUGCCGCAUCGUUCGACGCCCUCCUCGGAGCCGUCGAACGCGGCGGCGGGUCGUCCGUCGGCUUCCUCGCCACCCGCGCGGCGAGCGACCCGUCCGCGGAUUCCACCGAGGUUCCUCGCACCGCGCUCGAGCUCCUCGCGACGCGCGGCGGCGGGUCGAAUGGGGCGGCGACGUCGAGCGUCCUCGCCGUGCUCACCGUCGCGUGUACCGCCGCCGAGCCGGCGGUGCGCGCGGCGGCGGCGAACGCCAUCGUCGCGCUGGCUCCCAAGGGCUCAUCCACGGGUGCCAAGAAAGGCGCGACGGCGGUGUGGAGGUCCCUCAAGGACGCGGCGGGCGACGUGGGCAGCGUGACCAAGAGCGUCGACGCCGGCGCCGCGCUGUGCGACGCUCUCGCCGCCGGCUUUGCAGCCGCGGGGUCCAAGGACGAGUCCGACGUCGCCUUGCGCGAUAUUCUCGCGCCGCUCGCGUCGCUCGGCAUCUCCGACGACGGGGACGGCGGCGGCGGCGGGGACGCGAUCGAGCCGAGGCUCGGGGCGUACGGCGGUCGCAGGCUCGUCGCGGCGCUCAAGGGCGUGGGUAGCGACGCGAGCAAGGCUGAGGCUCUGGCGCCCGCGCUCAGGUGGUGCCUCGCGCGGGGCGAGGGCGACGCCGCGGAGCUCGCCGUGGAGAUCAUCGAAACGUUCACGGUAGACUACGCCAAGAGCAAGGGGGCGACGUCGGGCGAGAGCUGGCGCGUGUUCACGUCCGCGCUCGUCGCUCCGUCACCCGCGCCGGCUCGCGUCGCCGCCGUCUGCCGGGCCACACCGGAAUUUGUCGAUUCGCUCCCGGCGGCGAGGAGGGGCGAGCUGCUCCGCAUCCUCUUCACCGCGGUCGGUACCGACGCGGACGCCGGCGCGCGGGCCGCGGCGAGGGACGCGAUCGACGCGUUAAAACUCCUCGCGGACGACGUCAUCAGCCUCGUUCGCGCGGCGACGGCGGCGGCGGCGACGACGGUCGCGUCGCCCUCGACCAAGAGAUCCAAGGGUUCAGCCGCGGCGGGGAGGGAUGCCGACGGUUCCGAUGCCGUGUCCGCGGCCGUCGCGGCGCUCGAGGUCGUGGGAUGGAAAUCGCCGGGGGAUGUACACUCGCGAGCGGACCUCGCGGGGCCGUGCCAGGAGCUGCUGGCGAGCCUGUUGGACGCGGCGGCGGCGGCGGCGGCUCGCGGCGCCGAGGUUGGCCGGGACUCCGACGACGAAAACGUCGCUCCUUCCCCGGGGGGAGGCGCGGCGAGCGGCUACUCGCAGGCGGUGGUCCUGUCCACCCUGGACAUGCUCGCCCGCGACGACGCGAUGGGACCGGAUUCGGCCCCGUUCAACAAGACCCCGGGUAAGCGCCAAAAAGGUUCAAACGCCGGAUACGACGUGAGGCUCAUCGUUCGAGCCGUGACGGAGGCGGAGGCUGGCCCGGCGCGCGAGGCUGCGCUCGCGCUCCUCGCCGCCGUCGCAAAGAACGACGCCGUGGGCGUGAUGGAACACGUCCUCGAGGUGAGCGCCGCGCUGGCGCAUCGGGCGUCUAACGCCACCGACGACCCCCUCGCGCAGAGGGCGCUGGAACAGGCUCUCGCCGCCGUCGUUCCGGCUUGGAUCGAGGGAGGGUUCGGCGUCAAGGCUGCCGCCGAGCAGGUCGUCAACGCGCUCCCGGACGCUCCCGAGCACAGGCGCGCGCCGCUGUGCCUCGCGCUGCUCCGCGCGUGCCCCGAGGGAGAGGGUCUUCCCGUUGUUCUGCUUCUGCUGCUCGGUCAGCUCAGAAAGUUGGAGGAGGCUGCCGCCGCAUCCGCUGCGAAGAGGGCCAAGAAGGCGGCAAAGGCUGCGGAGAAGGCGGGCGUUCGCGUCGCGGAGGCGAUCGCCGAGUUCGAGCAGGACAACACGUUCGCCGAGUCUGCGGCUUGGGUGUUGGACCUCGCGGCUUUGUUACUGUCGCGGGAGACGGCAUCCGGUGCCGUGGACGCUCUGGUGGCUACCAUGAAGGGCGCCGUCGACGAAGGCGGCCGAAUCGUCUGGCUCUCCGCCGAGGUCACCUCCAAGCAUCUCUCGUCUCGCGCAUUCCUACAGGCUGCGCGUCGCGAGACUGCCGCGGCCGUCGCCUCGGUCGAGAAGAACGCCGAGGGGGAGGAUGAGGAGGAUGUCAUCGCGGAAGCCGAGGCUGCGGCGGCGGUCAUCGCCGCGCGCCUCCAGGAAGGAUACGCCGACCUCGCGGAAUGCGCUCUGCUUCUCCUCCAGGCGGGAACCACCGCGGGUGCCGAGGAAUCUCCCAAGGCCAAGGCCAAGGGAAAAUCUUCCAAGCACGCGGGCGGGCUUCAACCCGUGGAUACCAAGGCUGCGGCUCGAAUGGAACGGGGCGGGAGGCAGGUUCUCACCGCGCUCGACGGGCUCCUCGCCCCCGGACCGUACCUUCGCUCGCUCGCGCCGCUGCUCGAGCACGAGGACGGGCGCGUGCGUCGCAAGGCGCUCCGCCUGAUCGCGCACAGGCUGCAUGCCGCGGCCGCCGCGGAUGUCGCGCCGGCGAACAAGUACGAAAAGAGAAAGGGUGAAAAAGCGCGCGACGCCAGGAGCAGGGCCCGAGCCAAGGACCGGAAAUGGAAACGGAGCGGCAAGGCGGCGACGGCGACGACGGAGGACGAAGACGCUGAGGCGGAGGAAAUGGAGGAGGAGAGGGCGGAUGAGGUGGAGGCUGGCGUCGCGUUGAUCGAGAAGCUCGCCGAGCUGGCGGGCGCCGGUUCUUACGCCACCAGAUCCGCCGCGCUCGCCGCGCUCGACGCGGCUUCGUCCAGGUUCGCCGGCGUCAAGGACGCGCACAAGCCCAUCAUCGACGCGGCGCCCGCGGCGGUCGAGUCCCUCUCGUGUUCUUCGCGCGCCGUCGUCGCCGCCGGCGCGGGUUGCAUCGCGUCCAUCGUCAAGUCGCAGGGUGUGCGAUGCGUCGGCAUCCUACCCAACGCCGUUCCCAAGCUCCUGGAGACGGCCAACUCGGCCGCGUCGUCACUGGCAAAGGCCAAGGAUGCCGCCGCGAGGGCCGCCGCCGAGGCGGAGGAGGCGGGAGAUGAGGCGGCGGAGGAGGAGGCGAGCGCGGCGGCGGGCGUCCGCGAUGACGAGGGUGCCGUGCUCGUCGCCGCGCUCAAGGCGGUGGACACGCUCAUGGAGCAGCUCAGCGCCUUUGUCAGCCCGUACCUUCCGGAGAUGCUCCGACUUUUGCUAUCCCCGGCGCUCGUCCCAGCCGUCGGCGGCGAGGACGGCGAGGACGCGCUCGACAGGGAAUCUUCGGCGUACCAGGCGGCCCAGUCCGCGGCGGCGCUGCGCGAGAUUGUCGCCAGGCGGAUCCCCCACCGUCUGCUGCUCAAGCCCCUCGCCGAGGCGUACGACUCGUGCCUGGCGUCGGGCGGCGGCGGCGGGGCGGCGGCGGCGAGGUCGGCGCUGGGCAUGGCCGCCGUCGCCGCGUCGACGGAGCCCCCCGCCCCGGCGCACCGCGGCGCGCUCGUGGCGCUGCUACUCCGUGCGCUCGACGUGCGACGCGAGCCACCAGCGGGCAGGUGCUCCGCCGCCGCCGUCGACGAAGUGGAGGGCGCCGCGGUGCAAGCCUUUGUCACGUUUUCCCUGCAGCUCACCGAGUCGUCGUUCGUACCGGUGUUUACGCAGGUUGUCGAGUGGGCCAAGGCGCGCGCGGCCGACGCCCCCGCCGCGAGGACAAGGCUGGGCGCGCUGUUCCGCCUCGCGUCUUCCCUCGCGGACGCGCUCCGCGCAGUUUUCGUUCCCCUCGCGACGCCGCUGCUGGACCUCGCGGCGGCGGCGCUCGAUCCCGUGUCCGACCCGGCGCCGUCGAAAAAGAAAAAGAAGAAGAGCAACGCCGGCGCCGGCGUGGACCCCGCCGCGAUCGUCGCGGAGUUGGACACGUGGCGCAUGCGCACGCACGCGCUCUCCGCGCUUCGCAGGCUCUUCGUGCACGACGGCGGCGAGGCGCUGCUCGACGCAGGCCGGUUCAACCAGCUGCACCCGCUGGUGACGCGGAUGCUUCGCGCGGUUCCGCCGUCGGAGGGACCGGACGGCGAACCCACGCCGGAGGCUGCGGAGGGGGAGCACAUGGCGCCCGGCGGGCUCGCGAGCGAGUGCGUGGCGUGCGUCGCCGCGAUGAUCGCCUCGGCUCCAGACGACGCGCUGUGGAAACCCGCGCACAGGGGCGUCUUGCUAGCCACGCGGGAGGGGGUGGCGAGGACGCGGCUGGUGGCGCUCGCCGCGCUCGGGGCGGUGGUGGACAAGCUGCAGGAGGAGUACCUGGCGCUGCUGCCGGAGGCGAUCCCGUUCCUGUCGGAGCUGUUCGAGGAUCCGGACGAGGCGGUGGAGGGCGCGGCGAGGGCGUUCACGGGCAGGCUGACGGAGUUGAGCGGCGAGGAUCUCAAGAGUUUGAUGCUCGGCGACGAGAAGUAA